AUUGGGCACAUUACUAAAUUGUCAUUGGAGAAUGAACAAAUUAGGGAAAUGAAGACAUUAAGCAUAAAACCGACAUUAUUUGGUAAGUUUACUGUUAAUUUGUGUCACAUUUUAGAAAUUUCAAAAUUAAUCUAUAUGCAGGGUUCGUAGCGGUCUUUGAAAUCCUUGAAAGUCUUUAAAUUGGAAUGCAGGUCUUUGAGGUCUUUGAAAAGUCUUUAAAGCGAAGAAAGUUUAAAUUCUUUAGUGAGGAAUUGAUUAUACGAUUUCCUAGCUAAUGAAAUAGAUUGAUUGAAUCAAGAUUUUCGCAAAUAUCGACGAAAAUGCGCAUUUUAGGAUGUGACUAAUUACUGGGUAAAAAUGGUGCUUACACUCGCAAUUUUUCGACAGCUGAUUGCUCCCAAAGGUCUUUGAAAAGUCUUUGAAAAUAGGCAGAAAAAAUCUUUGAAAAUCUUUGAAUUUUUAUGGUCUUGGAGACUACGAACCCUGACAUAGAGGAUAUGAUUGGCUAAUGAUGAGGGCAUUUUUUAAAUAUAGAUAUAGACAUUUUUAAUUAGCAAUACAAACAAUGGCUUCUCUCUUUGUCGUUGCGGAUAAUGAUGUUUUUGAAGAAUUAAAAACUUCUAGUGAAAACUCGAACACUAGAAAAAGUACAAAUUUAUGGGUUGGAGUUAUUAAGAAAUGGGCAGCAGCAUUAAGGAACAUCGGCGAAGACAUGAAGACAUAUGAGGUUUAAGAACUUGACAACUUCACAAUUUACUUACAAAUAAAUUUUGCCCUCUAUGAUUAACAAGUAAUCGCAUAGUUCCUCGUGAAAUUAAGGUUUAAUUUCACUAGUUUUCAAAGUUUCACAAAUUGCCCUUAUGAAAGCACGCGUGAAAUUAAACCUUAAUUUCACUCGGCCCCAUGCGGUUACAUGUACUAUAAAUUAUCUACACUGUAAAUUUCACCAAAAACGGUGACAGAAUAACACUUUUCGAGUUGAUUCAACUCCUUGAAAUCGUCAACUAGACCCAGUCCUCUGCUCGAUUGGGAAAUGGCUAAUUAGCGAAUGCCAUGUUAAAUAAUAAGGCAAAUAUUCUUUCGAACUUUUCUGGCAAACAUUUUAUGAGACCAAUUCACCAAUUUGCAUCACAUUUUAGAAAUUCCUAAUUAUCUAAGUUCUGAAGAGUGUGAUGAGAUUGUUAGACUCGCACAAGAGCAAGGUCUAGAAAUAUCUCAAACACUAGACGAGGACUUGUAUGAAGAUCCGGAGGGUUUUCAAGAUGAUCAAAGUGAUGUUUUUGAAUAUUAUGAUUAUAACAAAGAUAAUUUUUUGGACGUAGAUGAG